CCACCACAUGACGGCUAAAUAACACCGGUGAGGCUGCUGCAUGUUUGUGUGACAGUUGUGUUACAGAAGCAUCUUCAUGUUUGAGUGGAGUCUGCAGUACUCCAGCUUCAGACCUCCAUAAAGACUCAUUAAGAUGGUCUCCUGUUGGAGGAAAAGGUGUUUGCAGUUUGAUUUCUCCACAUUUGGAGUGUUAAAUCCAGAGAUUUUUUUGCCAAGUCUCCCAGGAUUAGGAGGAAUAAUGAAUAUAUUAUGUUAGGAGUGUCUGCUGAGGAACAUCUGAGUAUGAAUAAUUGAAGCCACCUUCUAUUUUAAAUCCUGAGUAUGGAUUGGAGACGUUUGUGCCCCCCCUUUAAUGAUGACUGAUGGUUGGAGACUCUGCUUUAGAGACAUGCAUGGAGACCUAAUGGUUAAAGAUCAGCUGCAGCGUUAUGCGCCACGCCUCCUCCUCCCCGGCUCGGCACCUGGUUCUCCAGCAGUCCGGCAGCCGCGCUGUUGCAGAGAGGAUCUCCAGACAGGAGGAGGAGGAGGAAAAGAGAAGAAGCGAAUGGGGGAGUGGAGGAAGAGGAGAAUGUGACAACUGCUGGAUGCGGACAGAGUGUGUGCGGCUGGCUUACACACUGCCUUUGGGGAGGCCUCGUUCUCUUGCACCUGUCCCUCUCUGUCUCCGCGGCCAGGCGCAGUUUGGGCGAGAGCGACGCUCCUUUAUUUAUCAGACACACACACACACACACACACACACUCACACACACACGGAGCCUACACAGGGCAGGCUGGCAACAUGACUUCAUCCUACAACAUGGAUUUUCUGCCCGAUAUGAUGGUGGAGAGCCGCCUGCUUGUUCCCGGAGACAGACUUAACGGCACGGCCGGGAAGAUGAACGGGGCGCUGGAGCAUUCGGACCAGCCAGACCCGGACGCCAUCAAGAUGUUCGUGGGUCAGAUCCCCCGUUCCUGGUCGGAGAAGGAGCUGAAGGAGCUGUUCGAGCCGUACGGAGCCGUGUACCAGAUCAACAUACUUCGAGACCGCAGCCAGAACCCUCCACAGAGCAAAGGCUGCUGUUUUGUCACGUUUUACACAAGGAAAGCUGCCCUUGAAGCCCAGAAUGCACUGCAUAACAUAAAGACCUUAACAGGGGGCUGCUCGUCUCCCAUCGUGGUGAAGUUCGCCGACACGCAGAAGGACAAGGAGCAGCGGCGUCUGCAGCAGCAGCUGGCGCAGCAGAUGCAGCAGCUGAACAGCGCGACCACCUGGGGGAGCCUGACGGGGCUGGGCGGCCUCACCCCGCAGUAUCUGGCUGUAAGGAGAGCCGCCGAGUCACCCACCUCCACCUGCACCGUCACCUCUCCUCCUUUAACUCUGUGGCCACCCUGCACCGUUAUCAGUGCCCCAAACUUGCUUCAGCAGGCAACCUCCUCCGGUAACCUCGGAGCCUUCAGCGGGAUCCAGCAGAUGGCCGCGGGCACCACAGCCAGCUCCAACGCCGGAGCCAUGAACUCUCUGACCUCUCUGGGCACCCUGCAGGGCCUGGCAGGCGCUACUGUGGGCCUGAACAACAUUAAUGCACUAGCAGGUAGCAUCAACAGUAUGGCGGCUCUAAACGGAGGCCUGGGCGGCGCAGGGCUUACCAACGGGACGGCGGGCACCAUGGACGCGCUGACGCAGGCUUACUCAGGGAUCCAGCAGUACGCCGCCGCAGCGCUGCCCACCCUCUACAGCCAGUCUCUGCUGCAGCAGCAAGGGGCUGCAGGCAGCCAGAAAGAGGGUCCAGAAGGUGCCAACCUGUUCAUCUACCACCUGCCGCAGGAGUUUGGAGACCAGGACAUUCUGCAGAUGUUCAUGCCUUUCGGAAACGUGGUCUCUGCCAAAGUCUUCAUCGACAAACAGACAAACCUUAGCAAGUGCUUCGGCUUCGUCAGCUAUGACAAUCCAGUGUCGGCCCAGGCAGCCAUCCAGGCCAUGAACGGCUUCCAGAUCGGCAUGAAGCGGCUGAAGGUGCAGCUGAAGCGCUCCAAGAACGACAGCAAACCGUACUGAUCUUAGCACUAGGGUCUAUCUGCUCCCCAUGUUAGCACUGCUAGGAACAACCUCAUCUCCAUGCCUGUUAGCUCAUCGUUUGCCUAGCAUGUCUCCGUGGCGUCCUCCUCCUCCUCCCCCCUCCUCCUCCCCCACCCCCACCCCCCUCCUCUCCAAAAAAACACAAAAGUUAUGAAACAAAAAAAAACACCAAAAAAGAAAAACAACAAAAGUGUCAUCGUCCUCCCCGUCAUUGUUUUUUCUGAUGUCUUUUCCAAGCUCACCUGAUCAUAACCUGGCUCUCCUCCUCCUCCUCCUCCUCCUCCUCCUCCGCUGCCUACUGACUUUUUGAACUUUUUUGGAUUUUUUUUUUUUUGCUUUUUGUUUUU